UGUAUUCUGGGACCUGUACUGCGCGGCACCGGAGCGGAGGGAAACGUGCGACCACUCAAGCGAAGCGAAGGCGUUCCACGACUAUGGUUUCGUGAACGCCGGCGGUUACGGUGUUAAUGGUAUCGGCCACAGCGCGGGCGCGGCGCCGUCGCCACUGGGUCAGAUGCCGCCCGGCGAGCUGCAGGGUGCCAUGCCUCCCGGUUUCUUCCCGAACUCCAACAUGCGGCCGUCGCCGCAGUCUCACCCGUCGUCACAGUCGUCACCGCACGCGCCGCCCGGCCAGCCGGUGCCGCACGGCACCAUGAUCGCGUCACAGUACAUGUCUCCUCGGUUUCCUGGCGGGCCCCGGCCGGGUGUGAGAAUGCCCGGCAACAUGGCGGAGUUUAACGGGCCGCCGGGCCAGCCGAUGAUGCCCUCCAGUAUGGACCCGACGCGGCCAGGCGGAGACGGCGAGUAUUUAGGUUGGCAAGGAGGUCCACCGGGUAUGGGACCUCGCAUGGUGGGCCCGCGGGGCCCGAUGGGCCCGGGCAUGGGUCCGAUGGGUCCGGGCAUGCAGGCGUACGGUCCGCCGGGCAUGCGGGGCCCGCCACCGAACGCGCUGGGGCCGGGCCCCGGCCAGGUGCCGAUGUCGAUGGCUGGUCCCGGCGCGCCCCACAGACCCCACUGGCCGCACGGCUCGUCGGUGCCGCCGGGGGUACCGCCCGGGCCCGGCACGCCCAUCAUGCCCAGCCCACAAGACCACGGCCCGGCCGGCGACCCCAUGUACGGCAUGAUGAAGCCCGUGCCCGGCGGCGCGCCCUCCAUGCACGGCGAGUACCCGAUGACGAGUAUGCCGGACGGUCCGCACCCGCCCGUGAUGAACGGCGAGAUGGACGGCAUGAAGAGCUCGCCGGCCAACGGGCCGGGCACGCCACGCGACGACGGCAACAACGGCGCCCUGCAGGAGUACAGCAUCGCCAACUACGCCGGACCGCCCGAGAGCAAUGACUCGAACGAGUCGGCGGCGAUACUCAAAAUCAAGGAGAGCAUGCAAGAGGAGGCCAAGCGGUUCGAGAAAGAGGGCGACCAACCCGACUACGGCGGCUUCAUGCAAUAGCCGGCCCGCGGCAGGCCCCAGACUGCAGUAUUGCCAGUCCGCCCGCCGGCCGCUGCCGCCGCCGCCGCCGGCAGUGAAAACAAACGUGUCCAUACAAGUGUUUGAGACUUGUGCGCGCGCGCGGCAGACGGAGAGAUAGGAGAGAGCGUGACAGUGCGAGCGAGCGUAUGCGCGGAUGUCGUCGCGAGUGCGAAGAAUACGUGAGUGAAAGGGUGGGAGAGAGAGAGAAACCUAUCAGUGUUGUGGAUCCAUUUGGUCCAAAUAUUUAUAAGUAAGCGUAAUGUGUUUGUUUUAUUUAAAUUAAUUGGAUCGGAUAUUUUCCUUCUUUUGUUGACUACCUUACGGAGAGUACAAUAUUUGAUUUAUUUGAUAUAAAGAGAUGUUGAUAGGUCAGUGUUGACUGCUGUACAUUUCGGAUGCCGCUCGCGAACAAUGCAUGCUUCUAUUCUGAGGACAAUGCCUUUUGCAUCUCAUGAGCCAUUUUGUGUCGUUUUGUGUUCAUAACAUUCUCAUCGCGUCCCCGCGCCGGCAUCCCGCGACCGCAAUUGUUCUCCGCACCGGCUUUGCGCGGCUGCAUUUGUUCUGCGCGCGGUCCGACCUGUCUGGUGCGCCGCCCGGGCCGCGGCGUCCGCUCGCGCUCCCGCGAGCGCGUCGCCCGGCCGCCGGAUCUGAGAGCUUCUUUCGACGUCGCGUUCUUGUUUGUUGUGGUCCCGCCGUGCCAAAAGCACCGUCGGUUCGCGCGCGCGCGUCCCUGAGUUGUGUGGCGUCCGCCUGGCCGCCGGCGCGCCGUGUACAUAGGGGGAGGCGCCAGCGGCCGGCGGCGCGCCGCCGCCUGCUGUCUGCCGCGGUGCGGCUCUGUACGCCGCAGGCGUCCAGCCGGCGGCGCACGUGAAAACGAAUCAAAAUCGUUUCAUUCAUGGUUUGUCCGAGCCUUUCAUUUUCAUGUACAGCACAAGUCCAAGUUGUUGUAAAUAUAUUGAAAAGAAGGCG